CACGAGCAUCAAAAGAAUUUGCCUAUUAAAAGCUCGGAAGAACUGUGGGCACUUCAUUCCCUACAAGAAGUGACUGGGUUUGUCUAUCUAGAUCUUCGCAGACAUCCAACAUCGUUGAAAAAUCUAACUUUCUUAGAAAAUCUCCGCAAGAUUGGUGGUGAACAUUUCCGCAUAAGCUUGGCAGUGCUACAUGGAGAUAUCGAAUUUGCUGGAUUGCACAAACUUCAAGAUUCGCCGCAUGGAAGCAUUUCCUUCAUUGAGUCACCUAAUUUGUGUUACGUACAGACAAUAGAUGCAAAGGGCAUUCAGGGCAGCCAUUUUGAAAUUCAGCUUCACAAUCUCUCCACUGCAGAUGAGUGCCGAGCAAAAGGUGCUUACUGUCAUCCAUCCUGUAAUCCGGCAUUUGGAUGUUGGGGCCCACGACGUGAGGAUUGUAUACGAUGUCGUAGCCAUUCUAUUAAAGACACCAUUUGUGUAAAUAGUUGUACCGAACUACCCGGAUAUUACGAAACGCCAAUAGAGGACAUCUCAGCUGAAUUAUCUAUGACCUCACCUCCUAAUCCCAUGACAAAGCGAUUGCAGUUAGCUAGACUCGCUGCUGGACAUAUUAUGGAUGAGGUUAGCCAGGGAAAAUCUAAAGAUGCUAAAGCUUCAAUCUCUUGUUUACGCUGUCAUUCAGAAUGCGCUCAAACAUGUACUGGUCCUGGGCCUGACCAAUGUGUUGGACCGUGCAAGCAUGCUAGUUUUAAAGGUGAAUGCGUAGUGGAAUGCCCCCAUAAUACCUUCCUGGACGCAAGAAAGGGAGUCUGUACUCCCUGUAAUGCUAAGUGUCAUCAACGUUCACUUAGCCGGAAGCCAGUUUGUUCGGGACCAGGAAACUACCCAGGUCCAGGAGGAUGCAAAAAAUGCGAGAUGUUCCUGGAAUUCAUCUCGUUUGACGGGAUCUUGAAAGAACAUUCAGUAAGAACUCAGCAUGGAGCUCUACUUUGCAUGCAUGGAGCAUGCCCGAUGGGUACCUUCAGGACGAUUGAAUCGGUAGAUGCUCUUUCAAGAUUCAGGCCUUUUGUGGAGGAAGGCGUCCAUGCAGUACCUGCUUGUCGCUCCUGUCACAGCCUCUGUCGCACAUGUAACGGAUACAGUGUCCUUAGGGCGACCAAUACAACCCCUGGUUGCUUAGAUUAUUUUACCUUCCAGAUUUCGCUUACUCAUCCACCUGAGGUACAUGUAGCCUAUCAUUUCCGACAAUCAUUGGAUCGAAGAGGAUUAUUUCUUACAUCAAAUCUACCCAGUCCAAUACGUGGAUCAGACAGCUUUCCAAGGCCACAACUCUGGACACGACAUAUCAAUGGGAAAUGUCUUCUUUGCCACAAGGAAUGCAGAGGUGGGUGUUGGGGACCAACGUCUGCUCAUUGUCGUCGAUGCGUUCAUUAUCGUGUUUGGCAUUCUGGAGCUCUUGAUAAAAAAAAUGAGUUGUGGCAUCUUCCCAAUGAUUCAACUGUUACAUAUAUGUUAAACAAAGAUGCAUUCAACCCUCCAGAAUAUGGCUAUUCAAAGUCGGAUAAGAGACAGAAGAACCCAGAGAGUCCCAUGCACUUUACUUGUGAAGUUGCCUGUCCUGCUGAAAUGCCAUUUACUAAAUACGAUCCACUAACUGGAGACCUUACUUGUCACACUUCCGCCAAUGUCAAUUCCGAUUCAGUUCUCAUUGAAAGACAACUCUCGGAGUCCGCAAAAGAAUCACAUAAAAUUGGAGCCGGUUUGGUUGUUCCCCUUGCAGUCGUGCUUACAAUCUCUCUUAUUUGCAUUGCUCUUGCCUGCCUAUUCAAACGUCGUCAAAGGAGACCAAAGAACUCGUUCAUAACCAAGCCCUCAACAUCUCCAUUUGUAAGAGUAUUCGAUAAGAUUUUACGUUUGCAUAGCGAGCCAAAUAACGGUCGACCUCAUCGAGUGGUUUCGUAUACUGCAGGAUCGAGAGCUGGUACUUUGGCAGCCGAAAAUGGCGGUUUUUCAGGUUUCAGUGAUGCACAAGGAGCAAGUCUAUACGCGGCCAGCAAUCGAAUAACAUGGUCAUCUUCUGAAGGAUCUGCCUGCCAAUUUUGUCAUGAUAGUAGUGCCGACGGAGUCAAAUCUCCACAACCAAUCCUGAUCUAUCGCAAUGGUCAUUCGUACAACCCCAUAUAUCGACGGUCAGUACGCCAACAACCAAACAUGGGGCGCUUGGUGAUGAUCAAUCUUGAUGAUAUUCAAUUGCCUGAAAACAAGGUCGCCUUGGGAACCGGAGCUUUUGGAGCAGUUUAUAAGGGCAUAUGGCGAAUACCGGAUGGUGUUGAAGAUGUUCAAGUGCCAACAUUUGAGGGUCCAGAUAAUCGGCGGCAUGUAAACGUCGCUGUUAAAAUUCUCAAUGAGCAAAAUGGCUCCAGUGACCUGCAGGCACUUCUUGAGGAAGCUAAGGUCAUGUGUUCCGUGCGUCACAAGAACUGCCUACAACUUCUUGGUGUUUGUCUGGCUGGUUCACAAAAAUAUCUGGUAUCAGAGUAUAUAGCGAACGGUAGCCUGGAUGGAUAUAUUCGCAGAUCAAGACACGAUCUUCCCCACCGGCUAUUGCUACUUUGGGCAGAACAAAUCGCAGAUGGUAUGGCCUAUCUUCAAUCGGCCGGUAUCAUUCACAGAGACCUGGCCACAAGAAACGUUUUAGUCAAAGAACGUGAUUGGGUUCAAAUCACUGAUUUCGGAUUGGCGAAGAUGUUAAGUGGAGAGGAAGAGGAAAGUGAGGAAGUUGUUGUUCAAUCUGGGCGAGUUCCAAUAAGGUGGCUGGCUAUUGAAACGCUGACUAGUGGAAGAUACUCAUUCAAAACGGAUAUUUGGGCAUACGGCGUAACCCUGUGGGAGAUAUUCACGUUUGGACAGAGACCGUACCCUACAAUUGAAACCAAAGAUGUUAAGCGUUAUGUCGUGACCGGUGGACGUCUGCAACAACCGGAUAUAUGCACACUGGAAACCUAUCAACGUCUUCUGCUAGCUUGCUGGCGUGAAAACCCAGAAGAACGAAUAUCAUUUGCAGACAUUCUUCAGUUACUUCGAAGCAAGGCGGACACUAUUGAAUAUUUCCUUCAUAGCAGGCCAACAAGUAGUUUGAUAAGCACAAAUACUCGGACUACACGUUUAUCCGGUGCUUAUUCAGAGUCAAGUGCAAGACGUGACAGGGAUUCAGGCUCAAGUCCACCAGGAGAAUUGACUAACACACCAACAUCUGGUUCCUCUAUUCAGUCAAACGCUGCUCGUCGGUAUAGCAGUAGCCACAGAUCCACUGAUGGACUACCACCCCGUGCACAAAUGAACCAUUCAAUAAAAGCAAAAGUUAUGAUGCCGCAGUCACAUAGACCUACCCAAUAUGACUUAGAGCUGGAGAGUCUGCCUACAACAGUGGAAUAUACUACCACUAGCAACGAUAGUGCGCCGGAAGAUUAUGCUUCCGCUAUUCGUAAUGCUGUAAGCGAUGCGGCAACAAGCGGAGAGGUUACUUUGGCUCUACCUGCUCCGAAUAACGAAAAUAUACCAACUAACUUCGGAAGUGGAGGUUAUGUUUGGCCAGUACCAAUGUCAGAUCACACUGUCGGUCAAAAUGGUGGCGGGGGUGGUGAAUAUGUUGGACCACUAUUCAGAAACUUUAAUGACAACGUCGAUGACUAA